UACUAAUUUCAAUUCAAAUAUUUCUAUAUUUUUUUAAUGUAAUUUAGUUUAGCUAGUAGUAAUAGCGAAGUGUUUAACGAUGAAGAAGCUCAGAUCAAACCUACCUCGCCGGAAACGAUCGAAUUAUUCUCCGAUUCUGAAAUCAUCUCCGGUUCAAAAACCUGAUUCUAUAUCGAUUUUAACGCGUGAAGUUGAUUUCUCAUGCGAUACGUCAAGCAGAGUAUCAAGGAACAGUAUUAAGUCAUCGGCGAAGAAGCGACGUUUUGUUGACGGUGAAAAUGACGAGUUUCGAAGGAUUACGAGAUCGUAUAGCAAGAGGUUGGCGGAGAAUAAGAAGAAGGAUGUUGUUGAGGUAUCGGAAUCGUCUUCCUGUGUUGAUUUUGUGAAUUCGAGUUUGAUUCGAAAAGGAUUUGAUGAUUUGAAUGGUGAAAACGAUGUCGUUUCGGUUACGUUUACCGGAAUCAAGAAUUCUGAAGUUACGACCCGUUCGGAGUGUUCGAUUUUUCCGAAGGAGUUGAGGAAUGAAGAGAACGACGUCGUUUCAGCUUCCGUCUCGGUUUCGGUUUGCUCGAGAGUUGUUUCUCCGUUAGUGAAAUUUGAAACGACGGUCAAUGAAGGUCAAUCAGCUUAUUCAGAAGCUAAGGAUGAUUACGUUUCAGUUUCUUCUCAACCGAAGUUCGGAACGACGUCGUAUUGUUACAACUUAUCAAAUGCUGCAACGGUCAACGAAGGUCAAUCAUUUGUUUAUUCUCUAGAAUCUGCUCCAAAAUCCGGUAUACUCAGUUCGUAUAAUAAUAAUAAAAGUAAUAAUAAAUCAGAAGCAAAUGAAACGGUUAAUGAUGAUGAAACUGAAACAGAGAAUUGUGGAGAGUCAAAGCUGAUUGCAGUUGACCUUGAUUUGACUUGUUCAGAACAAUUAUCAGAUAAUGAUGAUGAUGAUGAGCGUACUAUAUCAGAUAUGUAUAUUUCUGCGAACGAAUAUUCAUCUGACUUUGUUUCAUCGACGUGGUACGAAUCUGGUAGUCAAUUUUCUGAACGAUCAUUUGGUGAUACAACUCCGUCUCCUAUGUUCCAGUUGUUCCUCGAUUACUGUCAGAAAUUCUACAAAUCUGAUUUCUCUACAAAAGUCAUUUCAAAGUUGAAUGACAAUGAAUGUCCUGUUAGAAUUUCUCAAUUGCUAAGACCAGAAGACGAAGAACAUGAAGAAAGCUACUGGAUGAUGAAGGAAAGGGAAAGGAGGCAACUGUAUGUACAUGAUUAUUCCGUGGAAUACUGUGAGAUGAAGGAAUAUGGGGAUUUGGUUGUCCAGCAAAGGUUGCAGAUGGUGCAUUGGAUAAUGGAGCAAUCAAAUAACAAGGAGUUACAGACGGAGACCAUGUUCCUUGGUGUCAAUCUUUGGGAUCGGUUUCUGAGCAAAGGAUACUUCAGAAAGAGAAGGGAGCUUGAAAUUGCUGGCAUUGCUUGUCUCACCCUUGCAACAAGGAUCGAAGAAAACCAGCCCUUCAACAGCAUUCGGCAAAAACUAUUUCACGUUGGAAGCAAUAACUACAGCAGAUCUGAAGUGGUGGCAAUGGAGUGGCUGGUCCAAGAAGCCCUCAACUUUCAGUGCUUUUUACCAACCAUCUACAAUUUCUUAUGGUUCUAUCUCCAAGCUGCAAGAGCCAAUGAAAAUGUGGAUAAAAAUGCCAACUAUCUUGCAAAGCUUGCGCUGCUUGGUCAUCAACACUUGUGCUACUGGCCCUCAACUGUGGCAGCCAGUUUAGUCAUCCUUGCAUGUCUAGCAGAUAACCCACAAGCAUCUCAACAACAAGUUGAAAGGAUCCACGAAGGGUCAAACGAUAAGGAUGUACAUGACUGCACAAAGGCUCUGGAGUGGAUGGUCACUUACAUAUGCUAAUACAGAACAGAAUGGAAGACAUGCAUCCAUAAAAAUUAUCCUACUUAUGAAACCAGUGAAAAGGCAUUUUGUGCUGGAGAAGAAGCUAUCCAUAAUUUUACAGUGCUAGUAGAUAUUACCAUUUACCUCUUUUGUUAACUUUCCUAUAGUAAAGAAGAUAUGCAAUCUGUAUAGAUCUUCUUACAUAUAUAGCAGUAUUGAGAUCAGGAUUAGAAUAAGAUAUAUUCAUUAGAUACUUAAAUCUUAUCUUACUA